AUGCCCAUGCUUAAGGACCCCUCGAAGAAAUACAAGAGGUUUCCCCCUCUCCAGCUCAAGGAUAGACAAUGGCCAGACAAAACCAUUGACAAGCCCCCGCGCUGGCUCUCGACCGAUUUGCGCGAUGGCAACCAGAGCUUGGUCGAUCCUAUGGACGGAGAGCAGAAAUGGAGAUACUUCAAGAUGUUAGUGGAGCUUGGCUACAAAGAAAUCGAGGUUUCAUUCCCCUCAGCCUCACAGACUGAUUUCGACUUCACACGCCGCCUUGUCGAAACACCCGGUGCGGUCCCCGAUGAUGUCUGGCUCCAGGUUCUCUCGCCAUGCAGAGAAGAGCUUAUUAAACGAACGGUCGACUCCCUCAGAGGCGCGAAGAAGGCCCUCCUACAUAUCUACCUUGCUACCAGCGAGUGCUUCCAGCGGAUCGUGUUUGGCAUGACUGAGGACGAAGGAUUGGCUCUCGCGGUCAAGUGUACGGAAUACGCGCGGUCGAUUACGAAGGAUGAUCCGUCACAGGCAGGCACGGAAUGGGCGUUCGAGUUCUCGCCUGAGACCUUCUCGGACUCCAGACCAGAGUUUGUGAUCAAGAUAUGCGAGGCUGUGAAGAAGGCUUGGGGUCCAUCGGAGGAGAAUCAGAUUAUCUUUAAUCUUCCCGCUACGGUGGAGAUGUCGACGCCGAAUGUGUAUGCGGAUCAAAUUGAGUAUUUCUGCAGAAAUAUGACGGAGAGGGAGAAGUUCUGCGUGUCUCUCCACCCGCAUAACGAUCGUGGGUGUGCGGUUGCAGCGGCGGAGUUGGCGCAGAUGGCUGGUGCGGAUAGAGUUGAGGGAUGCCUUUUUGGAAAUGGAGAGAGAACGGGAAAUGUUGAUCUCGUUACCUUGGCUUUGAACCUUUAUACCCAGGGUAUCCACCCCAACAUCGAUUUUUCUGAUCUCAACAGAGUUAUAGAUGUUGUGGAGGUUAGCAACAAGAUUCCGGUUCAUCCUCGAGCACCGUAUGGUGGUUCGCUCGUUGUUUGCGCUUUCAGUGGUUCGCAUCAAGAUGCAAUCAAGAAGGGCUUUCAGGUCAGAAAGAAGGAAGGUGCUACAGACGAGAAUCACUGGCAGGUUCCAUACCUCCCGCUCGAUCCUCAGGACAUCGGCCGUACAUACGAAGCCAUCAUCCGUGUCAACUCGCAAAGUGGCAAGGGAGGAGCAGCAUGGAUCAUUCUCCGGAAUCUCGAGCUCGACUUGCCACGCGGUCUACAAGUGGCUUUCAGCAAGGUGGUACAAAAGCGGGCAGAUGCAGUGGGUCGGGAGCUGCUCUCCAACGAGAUUCAAGAUCUGUUCGAGCAGACCUAUUUCCUCAAGCAGAACCCAAGGUUUACUCUAGUGGACUACAGCAUCAGCACCGACCGCUCAGCGUCGCCGGCUCCACCUGCGCCCGGCAAGACGCAAGACACGACCAAGUUGAAGCGGCAGUUCGAAGGUGUCAUUUCCUUCGAUGGUCAAGAACACAAGCUAAAGGGAAUAGGAAAUGGGCCUAUUUCCAGUUUGGCCAACGCUCUCUCGUCCAUUGGGAUUGAUCUUGAUGUUGCGGAUUACAAGGAGCAUGCUAUUGGAGGCGGAAAGGGUGUCAAGGCUGCAAGUUACAUUGAGUGCACAGCUGCAGGCUCGAAUCAGAAGGUUUGGGGUGUGGGAGUUCACGAGGAUGUGGUGCAGAGUUCUCUUAUUGCACUUUUGAGCGCUGCUAGUAACUUCAUCACCACGCGACCUAACACGCCUCUCUUGCUCAAAGGUAGACAUGGCGCGUCGAUGAGCCAGGACCUUGAUCUGAACGGAAGUCCUAAGAGCCCCAGAGAGAACGGACUUUCUAUUCCCAAGCCAAAUGGCCAGCCUCGAAGCGGGCCAGAUGCUAUUUCUGUUUUGGAGGCCAAGGCCAACGGUAUGUAG